GUGGGUGGUUACUAUUAUACAGUAGUAUAGUAGUAGUAAAACACGUUCGAAGUAAUACACAUUAGAUUCGCUGAUUGAGAAAAAAGGUGUUUCUAGUAUUGUGUUACUGUUGAAAGAAGUCAGUACAAUAGAUUAUGUAUUGUGGCUAUUGAUUCUACCUUGUUGUUAUUGAUUAUCUCGGUAGUUUCGUUUUGACCGUGUAUAACUAAAAGCUUUGCGGCUUAAUAAUUAAUUGAUGGUAACUAACGAUACGGUAACUUUUGCAAGCUAUUUUCUGUUUGUUAUUUGAAAUAAUUAGAGAAGAAACAUCAAAGGAAUAACUUUUCCGCAUCUGGCGUUUAUUCCGAUCUUAUGCAGUAGGAAUAACAGAGCGUAAGCGUACAUGGAGUAACACAGGGCUGGUCUCUGAUUGCCUCAGCCAGUGUUGUGCAACAGCAACUCGCAAAGGCUUAUCAACAUUGAUGGCCCAUAUUCCCUUUGCUGAGACUGAAAUCAUUGUUUUAUCAUAACGCCCCUUCCAGUUGGUAUCAUCGGAAAAAAUGAACGAGUCUACAAUGGAUCUAUCAACCACAGCUUUGCCAUCAAAGAUUAACAGUUUAACACAGUCAGCAGUUAAUGGAAAUGAUCACCAUUCAUUGUCAUCGAUGAUUGAUUUCUCAACCUCCUGUGGUUCAUCCAUGAUGGACACUCUGCCCCAGUCAACAGUCAAAGAACAUUUGUUGAACCCUAUUCAUUAUUCUGCCAUGAAUCAUGGAAGGCCACAAGAGCAUGUUGAUUUAGUCAAUCAGAUGCCCAGGAACAGUGCAGAAGACUUUCAUGACUCUAGUUGGAGACCAUCUUCUGUGAACAGAAUGUCCAGUAACAGUUCUUCGUCAUCCGAUUUGGAAUAUCUGCUUUUAAAAAGUGAACCGGAUAGUUCGGAAUACCUGUUAAGUUUUCAAGGACCUAAAAGCGACAAACAUGGCCUGUCAUCACCUUUAAAUGCCUUCAAAGAUGAGCUUUUUGCCUCAGAAACAGAACCGGAUAGUUCAUCCUCUAUUGCUACGGAUACAGAUUUGACCUUGACGUCUUCGGCAACAGAUUGGAAAGGGAAUGCAUUGAAAUAUCCACCGUGUGCGGUGUGCACUGGUAAGUCAUCCGGGAUGCACUAUGGCUGCUUCACGUGUGAAGCCUGCAAGAACUUCUUUCGUCGAUAUUUACUACGAAAUAGUGGCUUUCUCUGUAAGAAGAAUAACAACUGCCCUAUAUUGAAUCGAAGUAGAGGCAAUUGUUCGGGUUGUCGCUUGCAGAAAUGUCUGGAAGUUGGUAUGGCAAAAGAAAAAUCAAAGAUUGGACGUUAUACCCAUGUGCAAAGAACAGAGACUAUUCGUAAGAUGAACAGGCUGGAGGGUAAAGAUGAUAGCUUGGAAAUGGGUGAGCCUACGCCGAAUGAAAAUAUUAAAAUGGAACAUUUUUGUGAAGAGCCAGCUGUGAAACAUGAAAGUCUUUUAACAGAAGAUGAAAUAGAACUGAUUAAAACGCUGGUUGAAUCUAUGGAUGCUAUUCAGCAUUUUGGAGAGCGUGGUUCAACGCCAGAAGGACGUGAGGCAAUCAUAAGUGAACAUUACGAUAGGUAUCAGGCAAAAGUAAAACUUUUCGGACCGCUGAGAGCAAUUCCCAAAGAUGAGUAUUUCACGUUGUUAAAAAUGCAUAAUAUCGAUCUUGACGGCCGCUGGAACUUGUUUAAGCAGGAGGCCAACAAUUGUUCGCAUAUAGUGACACGGUAUUGUCAGUUCGCGUAUAAGAUACCAGGAUUUUCUGAGCUUUCCAUGAAGGACCAAGAAAACCUCCUGAAGAUUGGACAUUGUGACUUUUUCACCAUAUUGCUACACGAGGGCUAUGACAAAAAACGUGGCAUUUUUCUGGAAAUGAAUGGCGUUCCAGCGCACAUUGAGGAAGCUGCAGACAAGAUUUUCUCACGUGAAAUUGUCGAACUUCAGUGCGAGAUCUCAACAAGGUGGCAAGGUUUAGUGCUCCAAAAAGAAGAAAAAGCCUUGUUGAUCGCAAUGGCACUUCUUUGCUCCGACCGAAUUGAUUUGGAACAUCCCGACCAAGUGGCAACCUACAAUGAUAGAUUGAUGGAGCUCCUCCUGAAAGUCAUGGGGACUGUGCAUGGGAAAGACACGCAAAAGCGAUUCACCAAAUUCAUUGAUAUUUUAACAUUUUCUCGGGAAGCGUCUCAUGCGUAUUUCCGCGAGUACCAGCAGAUGAGUAACAAUGAAAUGGUCACGUCUGCUGCACCUAAAUUCCCUUCAUUGUGUCCGGAAACAUUCUGAUUUUUUCAUUCAUUUUUGUUGAUAUUAGUAAGCUGUGAUUGUGGAAAAAGGGGUAUUAAUGCAUGUGGGUAAAGUGUCAUACCAGAUUAGCCAGCGUAGUCUGCAAGAUAUUAAUACAAGCUCUUGCAUGUUUAUUGCUUAAGACACAUGAAUUUCAAAUUUAAUUCUAUUAUCUUAGUGCCUUAUUUAUAGAUGUUUAUAUAAAAAAAACUACAUAGGGUUGUGGAAAUCCAAUGUCUUAUUUAACGGAUGCUUUUAAUUUUUAGUGUUUUCUUCUUAGACAAUUUCACUUUUAAGAUGCCGAAAAAAUGAUGUAAACUUUAUUAUUAUAAUAGUAUAUGAUUAUGCAUUUUAAUUACUAGUGUUUGACUCAUAAUUUGUCUAAAUAAAAUAUAAUUGUAUUCAGAGUGCAUGGAAUAAAACCUGUAUCAUUUUAGCUUGUGAAAUUAUCUGGGGAACAAUUAGAUUUUUACAAUUAUAAUAGUAUAAUUGUCUGGUGAGAAGAUGAGACUUUUCCUAUUACCAUAUCUAUUCACCUCAAUUGUGUUCAAAGCUUUUAUGAAAACCAAAAACAUACUAUUGUAUCAAAUGUAUUGUUUGUGUUUAUGAAAAUAUUCAAGUAAAAUUAAUGUGCCUUUUGAUUUUUACACAAAGAGGGGUCUAUUAAGCUACAAACUUAUACAUCCUUACAUGAAUAUAAUGUUAUUACGUACCUUUAUACAUGUAUGUUGUGAAAUCUUGUUGAAACAGUUAAUUUCAUCAUUUAUCACACAAUUUUAAAUAAAUUGCAAAAAAUUGCUAUUCAUCACGUGAAUGCAUAUUCCAUAGAAGGUUCUUAUCAUCUUAUGUAUUCAUUAUAUAUUUCGUGAUGGUUACAAACCUUUUUACCAUACUAUGAUAGACUUUUUUAUGCUAUUAAUCAUGCAUUCAAUUACCUGACAACCAAAAAAGCAGUUUAAUUGAAAAUGGAUUAUAAUAAAAUGCCUUUUUAAGACGGCUUAAAGAUGAGGAUGUUGAAUUAUUGUGAUAAUUAUAGGUUUGUAAUUGUGAAAACAGGGUUAGAGAGUAUUUAUAUAUAUACAUGUAUGUCAUGUAAUGUUUAUGCAAUUUUUAGGCACAAAGUCUAAUUUUGGAAAAAUACUUGUGUAAAUAUAAUAGAAAAAUAUUUAAAGAACUCAUGUGUGUUCUGAAAUUGAAAUUUUUUAAUUUCACAAGCCCUUAUUUUUGGCAUCCUGCCGGAGUCCUGUGUCCAAACAUUGGUUAUGUAGUAUCAGUGGCUGGGUCACAACUAGUUAUAUUUUUAGUAUGGAACAUAUAUAUUGGUCAUAUCACAUCAUAUAUAUAUUCAAUAGUUUUAAACAAUUUUUAAUUAUAGACAAUUUUAAAAUGAUAAGCCAAAAUUCUGUUGAAUAAAGCUGUCAUUAAAAAGCUAGAAACAGUAUUCUCUAACUUGUAAAAUAUAGCUUCCAUUAUAAUUGAAGUCAUGUUAUGAAAACAUAUAUUUUUAGAAAAAUAUAUUUAUUUUGUGCAAUCUUUUAAAUUUAACAUUCUUUACAGCACAGCUGUAGAAACAUUAUUUGAACGCAAUAAUACUUGUAUGAUUGAGCUUUAAACUAGUGUAUAUCUUUUAUAUAAAUGUAGAUAAAUUAUCGCUCAACAUUUAACCCAACCCAAUUAUUUUUUGAAGUUUAUUAAAAAAGUGUUCUAUAUUAAGUUUCAUAAUAAUGGAUGCUGUUUAUAUGUUUUUAUUAAAACCAUCUGAUCAGUCUUGUUUAGAAAAUGUCAAUGUGAGAAACUGAAGAAUGUUUAAUGGGAGGCGGAAAACUACAACGGUCGAGGCAUGGUAUGGUAUUGCGCAAGGGGGGGUUAGAGGGUUAGGGUUUGGGUUAGUGUUAGGGGUCGGGUUAGGGUUUGGGUUAGCCUAAACCCAACCCUAACCCUAACCCGACCCCUAAUCCUAACCCUUACCCUAACCCUUUUUUGGGGUUAUCACCCCUGACCAUGCCUCGCCCAUUGUAGUUUUCCGCCUCCCAUGUUUAAUAGAUAAAAGGUUUACCUCAAAGUAUAACUGUUGAUGCUAAUGUUAUGGGUUAACGGUUUAUAAAGCUGUUAAUAGAAAUACCCAUGUAUCAUGGAUGUUAAUGGAUGUUAUUCAUAUUUAACAAUCUUAAGGUUCAUAUUAUGAAACUUACAUCAGGAAAGACAGGAUGCUGGGUUAAAAAUCAAGUGUUUUCUUUCAAUGAGUACAGGAUGUAAGUGAUUUAUUAUGUGUAUGUAAGAAAGGCUGUUACAGCUAAUUGAAUGCUUAUGUUGUUUGUUUUCUACUUUUUUGCAUAUAUUAGAGAUACAUUAAUUUAAAUGUGGAAUGUAGAGUACUGGUAUUUUAGGGAAUGUUCACAGAUUGUCAACAUUUACAAUUUUUAACUUUUUGUUACAGAUUCAAAAAAUAAGAAGAAGUCUAUACAUCAGUGAGAAAAAUUCCACUAAUUUUAUUUAUGAUUUAUCAUGAUUUGAAAUUGAUGAAAUUAUAAGCAAAAUAAACCCAACAUUUGCAAUGAUUCUGUUAAAUUUAGUUACAGCAAAAUGAAUCACUUCUAUAAAGUAUACCAUAUUUGAACACAGCCAAUAGUACGGUUGGCUGAUUUUUUGGGGCAAUAGGCUUUUAUUCCAAUGGAGGGGAAGAAACUUUUGUCUUUCUCCUUGCCUAAAUUUAUUUUUGUCUUUAUAAUAGAGCUCUACAGGUCUGUUAUUAAAACCAAGCAAUUAUAUUUUUGGUUUAAAGGAAAGUUCUUCUACGGGAAAAUCCUGUUAAGGUGAAAAGAGUUGUCUCUGAUUAGCCUGUGCAUACUUCAUAGGCUUAUCUGGGACGAUGCUUAAGGCACAUGUGUAAAGCCCAGAUUUCACAGAUCCCUGCUCAAAUUAUUAGACUUCUGCUCAUAAAACUGCCUCUGUACGCGUGUUUGAAGUGACAUUUGGGCGUAGUAACUAUCAUUAGUGAUUAUUUCUUUUCAUUUCACAAUAUCCAUUAUUCUGCUCAGAACUUUGUAUCUUUCAUUCCUAUUUCAUGUGAUUUUAUAUGUUAAGUUUUAUAAUAUAUAUAUUUGGAAAUCAAUUGUUGUGUGAAUUCUUUAAUUAAUAAUAUAUUAUUGUAUACAUAUAAUGAAAAUCAUAACUUAUUUUUUGUUGUUGUUAGAAUUUACGAUAAUUGUUAUUACAAGUAUGAAAAUAUAUAUGUUAUGCUGUUGCUCAAUUACUUAAUAGAUACAAAUGUCUUAAUGUUGAUAUAGGUUAUUAUUAAUAUUAUUGUAAUUAUUAGUAUAUAUUAUUAUUAUUAUUAUCUCGGCUGUUUUCAGAGAAAACCCGAGGUAUUGUCAUAGCCAGCUUGUUGUGUCUGUUGUCAUGUCGUCAGCGUCGUGCUAAAAUCUUAACAUUUUGUCAAGGUUUUGAACAUUGGCUCUAAAAUCAAAGUGCUUCCACCUACAACUUUGAAACUACAUAUGUAGAUGCUUGAUGAGUUCUACACGCCACACCCAUUAUUGGGUCACUAGGUCGAAGGUCAAGGUCACUGUGACCUCUAUUAAAAAUAAAAUCUGACAAGCUUUUAUUUAUUCCAAACUGCACCUGCAGCCGAGUGUUGGCACCCGUUAUGCGGUGCUCUUGUUAUUAUUCAUGUUAUUAUUAUGUUGUUGACAAGUUUUGUUUUGUUUUCAAAUACAGGUUUGUGCCUUUGUAGAUAAGGGGCCAUUUUUGUCAGGCACCUGAGGUGUCACAAGUUCUGAUUGGAUCUUUAUGACAUUCAUUCCAUAUUUGAACAGCGUGCAUGAAAUCUGCAAAAUGAGGCAAAUCAAAAUGUGCACACAACUUUUAUCUUGAUUUUAACUAUAUACUACAUGUUCUUAACUCCCAUUAUUAGGUCAUUAAAUAUUGUAACUAUUAUUUUCAGUGUUUCAUACAAUUCAAAUUCCAUGUGACAUAUAUAUUGUUUACAUAUGCUUUAUAAUUUCUUACUAUACAUUAAAUUAAAUUAUUCAUUUUAGCUCAACUAUUCCCUGAAUAGUCUAAGCUAUUUUACUCAUCCAAUUUCGUCAUUGAGAAUGCUGUGUUUAAUAUUAACCUGCAAAAUAACCUCACUGUUUUUAUAACAUUUAUCAAAAUGUAACCUUACACAUGUGUUUUGGGUCAUUGUAUGAGAUCACUUACUAUGUUUCAUAACCCUGACUAUACUGCAUAUAUUUUUCUCAUCAACUGUUUUUUGUGGUCAGUAAAUCUGGUGACUGAUAGACAAUGUGCAUUUCACUAUCAAAGCGUAAGAAUGUUCGAGCGCUUUCCUGUGACAGUUCAUGUUUAAUUAAAUGGUGGACAAUACACACCUUACAUUUAUAGAUAAAUGAAAUUUUUGUUUAUCAUUCAACAAUUUCAUCAAAAUAUCACCUUUCAAUUAUAUUUAUAUUUUUAUGUGUAUAUUGUGUGGAAUGAAAAUGUUAAUGUACCUUUAAUUUAUGUUGUCUUCAUAAUAAAAUUUUGUCAAUUGCCUCUGGUAAUUCGUAACAAUAA